AUGGUUUUGUUGGGCUACCUGAAGAACUUUCAACCAUUUCGACUUGAUGCCUUGGGUAUCGUAACCCUCCUCGGCGCGGAGCAAGUCAACAACCAUGUGGGUAAGCUUGUCCGAAGUCGAUGGCUGCAGUAUAUGCCGCUCCUCGGAGCAUAUGUCAUUGCAAGCGAUGAGUUCACAGCCAAACAACCAGGCUUCCAGCUAUUCAACUUCUCCGCAAACAUAUAUACUCCUGGUCUCGCGGGAUGGUUCAGUCGCUGGCUCAUCGAGCAGGACUUUGAAACAUCGGGGACUUGCGUCGAAUGGAGCAUUAAUGCAAAGGCCCAUUCCUUCGCUCUUGACUUCUGGCUAGCUCUACUCACCGGAACCAUUGUCCAGGCUGGAUUUAUCGUGAUGACGGUCCUGAUGGGAGAUUGGUGGGGCUUUGCGAACGCCAUGUCCAUGGUCAUUUCUACCGCCGGAAGGGCCUAUCUAGUUAACCGCAACACUACUUGGCUCGACAGAGCUGUUGUCGAGGAAACGAAGAAAGCGCUCGGGGAGCCUGAACCUUUAGUAUCAACGAAAAGGCGACCCAACGUGAACAACAAGGUUUUCGACGAAGAUGAACUUCGAAAGCUGCCGGAAGCGAAAGUCAUCGUGCUCUUGCCAGACGCACGAGCCGCCGUCCUCUUCAUUCCGGAGUGUUUGGUGCGCGAGGUCUUUGUCUAUAACCCCAAGCCACCAGGCACGAGGGACGAGACCAAGAGAGUCGGGACCUGGCCUGUCCGCAGGAGAGAGGAGAAUAGGAGGAAACAGUCGGGCCCGCGUGAAUUGCUGGUCUACGAACUUGUACGUUGGAUUUCCUGGCUCGCGUUCGGCGCACACGUCAUCACCAUUGGCAUGUCGGAUCUGGUGAGCCAGCUCAUCACAGUGGUGAUCAUUGUAGUGCCCACCUUUCUGAUCGUCCAGGGGUUUGGCUGUGAUGAUAGCCAUAUCGGGACCCGGCUGCGGGCGGAGAUAUCUGACAUCCCGCCGGAGGAGAUCAAAGCCAGGCGUGCCGAUAUGUAUGCCUUUCUUGCCCUGAGCGACGAAGAGGAAGGCUGCCUGGAGCAAUGGAAUCUGGCGGCCAAUCGGGCCAACAGACAUUUCUGGGGCGACUAUGAAAGGAAGAAAGAAGUGUUUGCCAAAGUACAAGACUUACGAAGUAUCCAGAAUUACGAUGAUCGCGUCAAGGCCAUCGAUGCAGCCAAGGAGGAGCUCCAGAAGGCCAAGGCAGGCAAAGCUCUGUCACUACAAGUGCAUGUGGCAUCUAGCACAACAUCAAGACAUACAUCUCUGGACACGGCAUAA